AGAGUGUACACUUCGAUUUGAACAUAAAGUCCAUUGGCACUUCUUCAAGUGAGAUGCAGCCAUCCAAUUGGAAGCUUUAACGGUUUACAGAGACGUCACUAUAUUGUCGUACAAGCUCUCGAUUGGUUUAAAGAGUCAUAAGUGACGAAGUGUCAACGGACUAGUUUUAAUGGAAGUAUGGUACGUAUGGUACUAUGCAGUGACAUUUGAAACAAACACGUGGCGUUUGAGAUACCGGGUAUCGAAUGAGUGGAGAUCAAUAGUUUAAGCGAAUGAUUCUUUGAUGUAAUAUUUUGCUUCAGUAAAUGAAUGAUUCCGGAUUCGUUUGUAUAUUGUUGCUGUUUUUGAAAUUAUAUUUUAGAUUCGACUUUUGAAGAUUAGGUUCAUGAGUUUCACAUACAGCGAAAAUGAUUUUAUAUUCGAAACGUCGUGGGGGGACAGUGCCAAACUGUCAUCUUUUGAUGUGGCUUUACAGACGAAAUGGCAAUCAGCUGUUGAUAAUGGGUAUUUUAGAUACACUUUAAAUAUAUUGAAUACCAAACGCCUUCCUGGGAAGUUUUCAUUUCUAGCACAACUGAAUCCAGAUCGUGGCACUAAUAGGAGACCACCAGAAGACAUUAAUAGUUUAACCCAACCUUUUGAUCACAAGAAGUUUAACUUUACAAAGAUUAAUGAAAAUGAAAUUUUAUUUGAAGUCAAAAGAAGAGAGAAAGCAGAGUGUGAAUUGAAAUCUAGAGGCAAAGAUUUGUUAGUCAUAAAUAUUAGUCCCUUGGAAUUUGGACACUCCUUGUUUUUGCCUGAAUUGUUUUCUUGUCUCCCUCAAGUAAUGACGUUAUAUAGUCUCCAGAGAACUAUUGAACUGGUUUUGUUGAGUAAAUCUCCUACUCUACGUGCUGGUUUCAACAGUUUGUGUGGAUUUGCUACAGUUAAUCAUCUACAUUUCCAUCUAUACUAUCUUAAUCAUGAAAUGCUGCUUGAAAACAUUCAAGUUGAACAUCUGUGUGGAGAGUGUUAUGUGUUAACAAAAUAUCCUGCGAAAGGCUUUGCUUUCCAAUUGAGUCGAGAUCACAAUCUACUUUCACUUGCCAGUUCUGUGCACAAGUUAACUAGUUACUUACAAGAGUGUAAUAUUGCUCACAAUGUUUACAUUACACGUGGUCAAUCAUUUAACUCCAACAAAGAAAGAAAAAUAUUAGAUUCUGUGCGUGUGUAUGUUUGGGCCAGGAAACAUUCAACAGAGCCAAAGAACGUUCAAUGCUUUGAUCCUGCAAUUUGUGAACUGUUCGGACACUUGGUUGUGAAAGUGCCUGAACCAUUUGGAUCUUUAUCAGAAAGCGAAGUGGCCAGUGAGCUGAGUGGUAUCUGCCAAGAACCCUUUGACUUGGUUUUUGAGGAUGUGAGGGAGAUGUUUUGCGACUCAGAUUCUCUGUAAAAGCAGUGGUUCACUAUUUUUCAUACAAAUUUGAUUCAGAAGUAUUAAUUUAUUCACAUUCAGAACUGUAGUAUAGACUGGCAUGUUUGUAUUAUAUUCUGCACCCUAAUUUUCUUAUCACGAUGGAAAGGUAAUUUAAAUAUAUUUGUAAUGAGACUUUUAAAGUGUGAAUUUUAAAUCACAAUUGUUAUUGUAUCAUUGUAAAACAAUGAGUGCACCCAAUAAAUGUUGUUUUAAUUACAUGAAUUGUUGUGAAU